GCAGGGUUUGGAUAGAAGACCGCUGUUUUGAAACCUGUCGUCAAAAGUGGACUAUGGUCUGCGAGCCACUUAAGAUGUAUGCUGUUAAAUCAUUCAACUAUGAAAAGAGAGUCUUCCUGUCUUUAUAGUAAAGAACAGAAAAGGUCGACACAAUGUCUGUGGCGGUGGAAACUACAGUGCCGAGGGUGGCUCUCCCUCUUCCAACCCACUUCUCCCACGCGGAGCAGUCCUUCUCUCUCAAAAAGCGCCGGCUGCCUUUUUCCUCGUCGUCUACGUCAAACUCAUCCUACUAUUCCCCUGCUCGUCUCUCAAAUUCUUUGCCUCCGCUGCCACCGUCUAAAGGAUGCCCCCCGCUGAGCAGAAUGUUUCCUCAGCAUCAAUCCCCCUGGACACCCCUGUCUAAUUCCCUCAGUAAAUCUCCAAAUUCUGCGUAUGAUCCCAGCAAACAGCAGUCCUACUUCAAUCAGUGCUUUACUAACUUGGGCCUGCUGGGGAGGGGAUCAUUUGGAGAAGUUUACAAGGUGCAAAGCAACAGAGAUGGUCGUCAGUACGCAGUCAAACGCUCUGCUCAGCGCUUCAGGGGUAACAGUGAGAGGAAUCGGAGCGUCAGGGAAGCCAGGAAUCACGAGCACCUGUGUCCUCACCCUCAUAUUUUGAACUUCGUGGCUGCCUGGGAGGAGUGCGGCCGACUCUACAUCCAGACAGAGCUGUGCAGCACCAGCUUGCUGCAUCACGCUGAGAACCAGCCUCCUGGCCCAGACGAGCCUGCUGCUUGGGCCUACCUGUGCGAUCUCCUCUCAGCACUGCAGCACUUACACUCUCAUGGCUUCGUGCAUCUGGACCUCAAGCCCGCCAACGUCCUCAUCACCGCCUCUGGUCGUCUGAAGCUGGGCGAUUUCGGGCUGCUGCUUGAGCUCAAACAGAUGGGAGCUGCAGGGGAGAAAUCAAAGGAUGAUGUUCAGGAGGGUGAUCCCAGAUACAUGGCCCCCGAGCUGCUGCGUGGGGAGUAUGGACCUGCUGCAGAUGUUUUCAGUUUGGGGGUUUCCAUACUGGAGCUUGCUUGUAAUAUCGAGGUUCCAAAUGGUGGCGAGGGGUGGCAGCAGCUCAGGCGAGGCUGUCUCCCCACAGAGUUUACCAACGGCCUGUCAGAGGAGCUUCAGACAGUCCUACAGAUGAUGCUGGCCCCAGAGCCGUCUGAGAGACCCACAGUCUCUGAGCUUCUUGCCCUCCCCUCUGUUAGGAAACGCAGGUGGAGGAGACGCAUGUAUCUUAUGGCUGCUGAGACGAUGCUGACACUGGCCUCCCUGUGUCAGAUCGUAGUCUCCUUUGGGUGUAGAUUCCUCUCCUUCUUUCGCUUGCCCUUCCUCCCUCAUUGGAACAAUCCAGCUCCCUGCACUCCUCCUAAAGACAGUUGGGACAGGGAUUUAACCCUGCCUCUCAGUGCCAUGCAUACUGACUCCGGGACCCCAGAAGAGGAUGCAGUGUUUUUUCAUCCCACAGACCCAGAACUGUCCCCCACCUUCUCACAAAGGGUAAAAUCCAGAUUGUCUGUAGAGAGCACAUCCACGCCUCUCCCGGGCUCGCCAAUGCGCUAUCACCAGAGUCCUGCCCACACACCCACUCACUCAAAUCUUAGUGGCUGGUUCUCAUGUAAACUUGCUCAGACCCCUUCCAGCAUCCACACUAAUGGCUCCUGCCGCACACUGACACCUAAAGUGAGUCCCAUACAUGCCGAGCUGGACGCAGACCCCUUCCAGAGCUUACACUCUCCAUCCACCAAGUCCUCACAGCGGCGUGGGCGCAACUGGGUCCAAGUGGAGGAGGCCGUACCUCCUCGACCCAGCUUGGAACCAAAGAACCUGCUCAGCUUGUUCGAAGAAACAGCUCUGGAGGGGGAACAAUGAACACAACACUGCCUUUAUCUCAUUCAUGAGUUUUUGUGCGAAAAAUGUAAUGUGACAAAGACCUAAUGUAUUAAUGUAAUAAGUUUACUAGCUUGUAAAUAUUUUUUUUGCCAUUUUGUAACAGCUUCUUUUAAUGUGCAUUUGAAACAAAAAAUGAAUUUAGGGGAAAAGGGUUGGAUGUGUACUCAGACCUUAGAACACUUUUCUUUUUUUUUUUUGGUUUGUGCCAGUGUAAUCAGUUGCUGAAACGACUUGUGACUGUGACUCUGCGUUGUUUACCUCGUGAGAUACAAAACAAAGCUAGCAGAGUUUGAACUUGUGGAGCAUGUUGUGACUAUAAAGCACCUCAAAAUA